GCGGCUGCACUCUUCUGGGAUUUGGUCACUCGGGGCCUCUAUAGCAGAGGGGGGCACAAUGACUGGGGUGAGGGCGGAGAAGAAGACCCCCAGACAUGGGGGUAAUGCCGAUGAUGUCCUGUGCUGCUGCGAAUACAUAAACCAGAAGGGAGAGAGGAGCCACCUGGCUGCAUGUCUGUGUGACUGCGAGGACUUGGACGAGGCCUGUGACAGAUGGAUCACCUGCAAGUCUCUGAAGCCGGAGGUGUUGGCACGGGUCAUCGAGACCGCAUCAGACCGAUUCCGCAUCCCUUGGAUCCGAGGCGCCAAGAAGGUAGACAUUGGCAUCCUCCCACGCUGGUCCUGUUGCCUGUGUCUCUGUACGUGGCAGCCUUGCAUCUCCUCCUGGGUGUGGUGGUCCUCAGCGCCUUCCCUGUCCUGGUGAUCUGGUACUACCAGCUGACGCAUCGGCGGAAGGCGAAGACUCUGCUGUUCCUCAGCCUGGUGCUCUUCUCUCUGGGGUAUAUGUACUACUAUAACUUUGUGCGGGAGGUCUUCCUGAAAGGUCACGUCGGAUGGGGUCACCUUUCUGCCAUCACUGGUGGCUUGUUCAUGACUUUCCUCUUCCUGGCCAAAGCCAAGCAGGAUCCUGGCUACCUCAAAAAAAAAAAAAAAAACCAGGGCGAGGGGCAGCGAAGAUCUCGAUGGUGGCUCACAGGAAGGGGAGCGGACAGAAUCUCAGUGGAGAGAACGUUCUGAAGACCGCCUGGAGAAGGAUUUCCUCAUUUCUGACAAGAACUGGUGCAAAGUGUGUCAGGUGGUGAGACCGCCACGGAGUGGGCACUGCAGGAUCUGUGGGAGAUGUGUCCGGCGCCUUGACCAUCACUGUGUGUGGAUAAACAAUUGUAUCGGCUCCCGGAACCACAAGUCCUUCAUCCUGCUGCUUGUGCUGUUCAUGUUCACCUCUGUAUAUGGAAUCACCGUCACCCUGAGAGCUCUGUGCCGGGGCCAGUAUAUCGUCAGUGCCUUAUUCUACUGUCCCGGAGUCUACGCCGACAACAGCACAUCGUUUGCAUUCACCUGCGUCUGGUACUGUGCGAUUGUCACCGGAGGGGUGGCCUACCUCCUCCUCGUCCAACUCCUCAACAUCAGCUACAACGUGACGGAGCGUGAGGCCCGCAUGGCCCGGCGGGAGAAAACUGGCCGCUGUUACCUGGGUGGUCUGGUGGUGGACCCGGGGACCUACAACCAGGGACUGUACCAGAACUGGCUGCGCUUCCUGUCACUGGACAGCCAGAGCACUGGGAACGACCUCUCCGAUGUUGUGUGA